AUGGAGAAGGCGUCCGCAGACUUCCUUCCUCCGUCCUCUCGCGCUCACCUACAGUGCCGGCCGCCGACAGGAAGACGGCGAGUUCGGGGAGAAGCUACAAGCAAAGUCAAAAAUCAGCAAACGUCAACCGUUGUCACUUUUCAAACUUGCCGCCUCCUACUGGAAGUCCCGCCCCAUUCCGCCAAGCCCGAGUCCAACCGCGACGGAUGCCGGUUGGGCUCAAGAGACGCCAGGCCGGUGGGGCUGGAGUUGUCAUGGAAGGGGCAGGGCACAGGGCGGAACCAUUGCUCGCGGAGCUGGCGUCGAGUCGGAACCUCGGACUGUAGGAAGUGGGAGCACCGCGGUUUCGGGGAAGAGACCGGGGUUGAGCGUCUAGCGCAGCUCAGCGUGACUUCCGCCAGCGUUUAGAGCGUUUUCGGGGUCCGAGUUGAAGAGCAAAACCAAGUGAAGGAAACUUCACUAAGUUCAGGUGACAAGGGAAGAAGUACAGAGACUGCACUUUAAAUUCUGGAUGACAGACCUAUCAGGACUGAGUGGACCUUUGAGUGACAAGAUGGGGGUGCUCCAAAGAGAACAUGGCAGCCUGCAGCUAGGACUUUAAUGCAAGUGGUGAUGCUGUGAUAUCUAGUGCUUUAAAAAAAUCUCUUUUUUUAAGUGACAGGGUUUCCAAAUUGUUAUUUCUACUUUGUUUAACAGAUCAAUAGGGACAAAAAGUUGAUUCACUUGGUCUAAUGUGGUAGGAAUAGGUGAAAUACUAAGACUGGGUCCUACACUCUACUUGCCAUCAGGCACCCAUUCUUAUGAAUAGAGAUUCCAUAGGGACCACACACAAUCCCAGUACUUUUUUCCCAGUUAAUUGAGAAAAUUAAAGCCAUCAUACAAUAUAUAACUUCCUCCCUCUCCACUUCUGUCAAUGCCACAUAUAUCCACCUGUCUUAUUUGUCUGUCUCAGAAAAUGAAAUGUACUUCCUCCACCAAUGUAUGACCACUGUUUCUUGUUCUAGAGCUCUCUUCUGCAUUUGGUAUCAUUGAUCAAACCCUCCUUGAAACUCGUUUUGCAUUUCUCCCAUCUUUUUCUACCUGUCUCAUGCUUCUUGGGGGUCUUUUUUUCUCUGCCUACCCAUUAAAUAGUAUUUCCCAAAGUUCCAACCUUGAGUUGUUUUCUGUCUGUAUCUUCCCUGUGAGCACUGUCCACUCAUUGUUUUAACCUAUUUGCUCAUGGAUUCUAAAACUACUGCUAUUCUUGACCUCUUCCUUGAAGUUCAGACUUUUGGGAGGCUCACAAGCCCUUCAAACUCUAAUUUGUCCUUUGCUUUCAUUUGCACUCCCAAUUCUAUCUCAUCUCACUGCUUUCAGCUGUAACUACUACCACCCCCACCUACACUACCAAAUCCAUCUUGUAAGUAGCAGCCAGAAUGACCAGUCUCAAAUGUAAAUCUAUUUCACUUGCCUCCUUAAAUUUCUAAUCUUCCUCUGCAGUCACCUUCAAGAUAGUCCAACUCCGUGGCCUGGUGUGCUAGGGUCUUCAUUAUCUUGCCACUGUUUUCCUUCCCAGUCUUGUUUCCCUUUCCAGUACCAUCUCCCAUCCUACCCACUUCGCAUUCAUGAGGCUGCUUUCCACCUGAGACCUUUUGCAUUCUUGUUGACUUUGUCUGGACUGUCUUUGUUUUCUUUGGCUGACUCUUCCUUAUCUUUACUAAUUUUUUAGGGCUCUUCCAAGAAGCCUUUCCUUAUUCCAUAGUCUGAGUUAGUUGACUUUUCUCUCUGCUUUCUUGACAUCUGUGGAUUCAUUCAGAAAAUAUUCAUUGAACCCUUAUUUUGUGCCAGACACUGAGCUAGAUACUAGAAAUACAAUAAUGAACAAGCAAAUAUGGCAAUAACCAAUCUAAUAAUUUCCUGACAGAAUUUACAUUCUCAUAGGGAAAAAAGAAAAAAAAAAAAAAAGCAGUUCAGUCUUAUUGGCUCCAUGCUUGAGAAUAGCUAGGAAUUGAAAGGGUAAAAGAGAAGUAUUCUAGAUAGAGGCUAACAAUGUUUAUGAAGAAGAACACAGUCUAGGAACUGAGAGAUUCUAGACAGGGGUGGAGAGGUAAACAGGGACCAGAUCAUGAAGAACAUUAGUGAUGAUGUCACAAAGUUUGGACUGCUUCUUAAGGCUAAUAGUAACUUUGAAUGGUUUCAACAUGAUUAGGUUAGUAUUUAGAUGAUGAAUCGCUACUCUGAGAAAAAGAACUCAAAGGGUGGCAAUACCAGCAAGAAGGAAACCAGUUAGGAGAUAAUUGUAGUAAUCCAGGGAAAGAAAGAGGGCAGUUUAUACUGGGGCAUUGCCAGUAUGGAUAGAAAUAGAUCUCAGAAGAAUUUUAGGAAGUAGAAGUGAAAAAACUUGGUGACUGAAUUGUGAGGGCAGAAGUGGGAGAAAUCAAGGAUAGAGUUUCUUAAACAAGCUUUAGUGAAGACAGGGACUACCCUAUUUGCUGUCAUGUAUCCACAGCUUAGCACAAAUCUUUAUAUGCUGGAGAUGCUUGAUAAGUACGAAUGAAAUUUUCUGGCUUGAGUACCCAGAUAAAUGGGAUGCCAGUCUCUGAUUUAGGUAACACAGAGGCAGAGUCACUUGGGAGGUAACUGGUGAUUCAGUUUUAAACAUGUCUAGCUCAACAUGCCUUUGAAACAUACACAUGACAAUGUCCAGAUACACAGCAAUUGGAUGAAUGAUUCUGAAACUCAAAAAGAGAGGUCUGAGAUGGAUUCUUUGCAUACUUAAAAAAAUAAAAGUUUAUGUUAUAUUGAAA